AUGUCACUUGCUCCCUUCAAAGUAUUGCUUUUCGACUGUUAUGGUGACUGGGAGACUGGAAUGUUAGAGAAUGUUAGCGACUUACUCAAACAACCUUCUGCCCCUGAGAGGGAAAAGUUAUUCGAGGUAGUAGGCGCUAUCGAGAAUAGGACUCAGGAUGAAACUCCUACUAUGAUAUAUUCCGACGUUCUUACCAAGGUAUAUUCGGAAACAGCAGAAAAAUUGAAUCUCAACUAUGAUGACUCUCAAGCUAAAGCAUUUGGAAAUUCUGUACCUUCAUGGCCUUCAUUCCCGGACUCCCCAGAUGCAUUGAAGAAGCUUUCUGAUGCAGGACUGAAACUUGUCAUUCUUUCCAACGUCGAUAACAAGAGUUUCGAAGGAUCAAACAAGAGGUUGGAAAAUGGAUUCCAAUUUGAUGCCAUAUACACUGCCGAGAAGAUUGGCUCAUACAAACCUUCCUUGAAAAACUUCGAUUAUGCUAUUGAGAAUAUCAAGAAAGAUUUCGGAAUGAACAAAGAAGAUAUAUUGAUUGUUGCCAAUUCGAAAUACCAUGACAUCCAACCUGGUCACAAGAAAGAUUUGAAAGCUUGUUGGAUCGACAGAGAAAAGGCCUCCAUGGGCGUAUCAGCCUACCAAGACGUCAUACCUGAUUAUCAAUUCUCAAGUAUGAAAGAAUUCGCAGAAGCUAUUGUGAAGGAUAAAGGGGGUCAAUGA